UAGAAAAUGACUGACUGACUGACAUAUAACUUUUAUGUUUGAUAUGUGAAAACUGCGAUCCAUUUACUAUGUCCAGUCGAAACCAGUGGACACGCAUGCGCACACCGACUCAGACGGAACCUGGCAACUAGUCAACGGCUACGAGCUGCUGAUGAGAAUGACAUCGCUGGUAUAGUAAUUCAACGAACACUAACCCGCCGUUGAACAGAGCUCUCCGAGCGUCUAAAAGCCACAAUAUAAAACACAUUCUACUACCUCGCUAUGCCGAGCAGUAAGGUUGAGAAACAGGAAGUCAGCGAUAAUGUCAAAGUUGUGGUGAGAUGUCGUCCCCUCAACCAGAAGGAGAAGAUGAUGUCCCACAAGCUGGCCGUCGUAGUGGACGAGAUCCGUGGAACCAUAACGGUGAACAAACUGGAGACCCCCCAGGAACUUCCUAAAACAUUCACCUUUGACACUGUGUUUGGACCUGACAGCAAGCAGCUGGAUGUCUACAAUCUCACAGCCCGACCCAUCAUUGACUCAGUUUUAGAGGGAUAUAAUGGCACAAUUUUUGCAUAUGGGCAAACUGGCACAGGAAAAACCUUCACCAUGGAGGGUGUGAGGGCCGUACCAGAACUCCGAGGGAUUAUUCCCAAUUCUUUUGCUCAUAUUUUUGGUCACAUUGCCAAGGCAGAGGGCGAUACCAGAUUUUUAGUUCGUGUUUCCUACCUGGAGAUUUACAACGAGGAAGUGCGGGACUUACUGGGCAAGGACCAGUUGCAGAGGCUUGAGGUCAAAGAAAGGCCAGAUGUUGGUGUGUACAUCAAAGAUCUCUCUGGUUACGUUGUGAACAAUGCUGACGAUAUGGACAGAAUCAUGACGCUGGGUCACAAAAACCGGUCUGUCGGCGCUACGAACAUGAAUGAGCACAGCUCCCGCUCUCAUGCUAUCUUCACCAUCACCAUCGAGUGCAGUGAGAAGGGUGUAGAUGGUAACCAGCAUGUGCGCAUGGGAAAGCUUCAUCUUGUAGAUCUGGCAGGUUCAGAAAGACAGGGUAAAACUGGAGCCACAGGUCAGCGUUUGAAGGAAGCAACGAAGAUCAAUCUCUCUCUCUCUACCCUGGGCAACGUCAUCUCUGCCCUGGUGGAUGGAAAGAGCACGCACGUUCCCUACAGAAAUUCCAAACUGACUCGUUUGUUGCAGGAUUCACUGGGAGGAAACUCCAAGACCAUGAUGUGUGCAAAUAUAGGGCCUGCAGACUACAACUAUGACGAGACCAUCAGUACCCUGCGCUAUGCUAACAGGGCUAAAAACAUCAAAAACAAAGCCAGAAUCAAUGAGGAUCCUAAGGAUGCCCUUCUACGGCAGUUUCAGAAAGAGAUCGAGGAACUCAAGAAAAAACUAGAAGAGGGGGAGGAGAUCUCUGGCUCAGACGGCAGUGGAUCAGAGGAGAUGGAUGAAGGGGAGGAUGAUGCAGGGGAGGCAGGAGAAGGUCGACGCAGGAGAAGGGACAGUUAUGAUAUCAGCAGAAGCAAUAGUUCAGAAUUUACCGACACAUCCUCAGUGCCACCGCCCACUGACGUCGCUCCUCGAGAUAGGAGAAAGAAGGUUUCUGCUGACAAGAUGGUGGAGAUGCAGGCAAAGAUCGAAGAGGAAAGACAGGCCCUGGAGGCCAAGCUGGAUAUGGAGGAGGAGGAGAGGAACAAGGCAAGAGCAGAGCUGGAGAAGAGGGAGAAGGAUCUUCUAAAAGCCCAACAGGAGCAUCACCUCCUGCUAGAGAAGUUGUCAGCAUUAGAGAAGAAGGUGAUUGUAGGUGGAGUGGACCUCCUUGCCAAGGCUGAGGAGCAGGAGAGGCUCCUGGAGGAGUCAAACAAUGAGCUUGAGGAACGCCGCAAAAGAGCAGAACAGCUACGUAAAGAGCUGGAAGAGAAAGAGCAAGAACGUUUAGAUAUAGAGGAAAAGUACACAAGUCUGCAGGAGGAGGCUCAAGGAAAGACCAAAAAGCUGAAGAAAGUAUGGACCAUGCUAAUGGCUGCCAAAUCAGAAAUGGCAGAUCUUCAACAAGAGCACAACAGAGAGAUCGAGGGCCUCCUGGAAAACAUCCGCCAGCUGAGUCGAGAACUGAGGCUCCAGAUGCUCAUUAUAGACAACUUUAUUCCCCAGGAGUACCAGGAGAUGAUAGAAAAUUACGUCCACUGGAAUGAAGACAUUGGAGAAUGGCAGCUGAAAUGUGUGGCUUACACUGGAAACAAUAUGAGAAAACAAACCCCUGCUCCAGACAAGAAAGAAAAAGAUCCAUUUGAGGUAGAUCUGUCCCACGUGUAUCUAGCAUACACAGAGGAGAGCAUGCGGCAGUCACUGAUGAAGCUAGAGAGGCCCAAAACCUCAAAAAGCAGCAAAAGUGGCAGACCGAAAACCGGCCGAAGGAAAAGAUCUGCAAAACCAGACACAGUGAUCGAUUCCCUUCUGCAGUGAGGAUGUGGAGGUCUACAUUUCACUACAGCUUUACCUUUACUUCAGCUUUGAUCUAACAUAAAACAAGUAUGUAGUCCUGCUUGUGGUUGAACAGUAAUACAUUUUGAGCGCACACUGUAUAGAUGCUGAAUUUUUAAAUGCGAUCAAGCGGCACCUUUAUCGGGAAAACAGCCACUUAAAAAUAGGACUUAAUUUCUGUACUGUAGAGCCAGAAAGAUUCAAUUUGCAAAUGUUUCACAAUGACAGACAAUCUGGUUGCAGCUAAUCAGCAAACUACAACCUUUUCAGACUAGUGCAUUAUUGGGAAGUAUAAUGGAAAUGAUGCACUGGUUUCAACAUUCUUCAUAAAUGGAACUCUGAAAUUGUGAUGUGCAUUUGUAUUCAGCUCCAUGCAUGGACAGACACCUUUUGUGCAGUAUUGGCUUUUCACAUAAAAUACUCAUUUCCGUGUUGGCCUGAAGCCAACAGGGCUUGAAUUCACCAGUGGCUGUCUUCUUGCAGCUCAUUGUGUGAAGUGUGCGAGUCCUGUCGUCAGUUUGUCCCACCUGAGCUGUUGAUCUCUGCAGCUCCUGCAGAGUUGCCUUGGGACUUCUUACUGGUUUUCUGGUUAAUACUGUCCCAGCCGGACCUGCAGUUUUGCAGUUGUGCCACGCUUUUUCUAUUUUGAGAUUAUAAGUAGAACCGUGUUCAUUAAGAUGUUUAAAGUCUGAGAUAUUUUUAUACCCUUGCCUUGCUUUAAACUUUUGCACAACUCAACUCUGUGUGCUGUGUUCCUUGGUCUUCACGAUACUGUUCGUUCUCAAAUGUUCUUCAACAAACCUCCGAGGCCUUCGCAGAACAGCUGGAUUUAUACUGGGAUUAAAUCACACACUGGUUUGGCUCUACUCUAUACCGAGAUGACUUCUGAAAUUGAUGGCAUUGGAUUUUAUUUAGGAGUAAUAAGCUGAAUAGAAAUGCACACCACACCUUUCAGAUUUAGUUUUUGCAGCCCUAGAAACCAUGUAUCAUUUUCCUUACACUUUCUGUUGGUCGAUCACAAAAAUAAAACACAUUGAAGAUUUGGUUGCAUUGUGAUAAAAAUGACAAAUGCAAGGGGUAUGAAGACUUUUGCAAGGCAGUGAAGUCUUAUUGUUUAAAAUGAAAUUGCAUUGCAUGCCUACGAACUGCUACAAUGUGUCCUGCUAACAAACAUUUAUCUCUCGCUGUUUUGCUUAUAAAUGAACAGAUUAAUGUUUAACGGACAACUGAAUACAUUGUAACUGGGAUCAAAUUAAACCCAAAUUAUUGUACUGUAGAACCAAACAAACUGAAGUGCGUUAAAACGUUCUUAUCUUCUUAAGGGCAUGCAUGCCAUUUAGCUCUUAUGUCUGCACCAUUUGCUACUCUUUAGUCAACUUUUUAUUUCUAACACUUGUGAUGCACCAUAGAUGUAUGUAUCUGUAAUGCAUUAUGCACUUGUAUAAUGUUUUCUUUAAAUGUUCUGUUCUGUAGUGGAUGUAAAAUAAAUGUUUCUUUUUUUUAUCUCUUCGUAUAUGUGAAAUGUUUACACCAACAAACAUCUGGAUUUUAUUUAAUAAAUUAUGAAUUCUG